CUGGUCUGGGUCAGGUUCAACAUCCAAAGAAUCCUCAAAAUCAUCUAUUCCACACAUUUCAGUCUGGAAAUACUCUGAUCAGCACUGUGUGGAAACAACCUAAAUCAGUUUGUUGAGCAGUUUGUCCUCUUCAUUGUUUCCUCAGCUCUUCUUCUUCAUCGUGUCUCCAGUGUGUGUUCAACUCUUCAUCAUGUCUUCUCUUAAAUCGGGAUCUGGUCUGCGUUCUCUGGUUCUGACCCCUGAGCGGAUCCCAAGCUUUCUUAUCCCAUCACUCCACAUCCGAAGUCCAGUGGACCGGCUCAGACUCCUGUCUGACUCUGAUCACAGCUCCUCAGCUGAUGGGAGUCCUGAGAAACAGGUACGUGACCAGGAGGACAUGGAUACAGAUGUGACGACACGAGCAGCCAUGUCAUUGCCCCAUGUGAAGAAGGCCACCACACCAUACGGCUUCCGGGCUGUGCUGGCUGCCAGCCCAUGUACAAACAGACGGGAAUCCCUGUUCCACAAAAACAAACCACUGAAAGACCAGGGCUCAGACAACAGCUGCGACCUGCAGAUGAAAAGCCAGGACCUGGACCUGCAGAGUAGCAGAGAUGCUUCAGACCCCAUGCCUCCUCCCAGUCCCAAACCCAGCAGGUCCCGAGAGUGUCUGCGACCUGUGAGGGCUCUGGGUCUGCAGGUGAUGAAGGAGUUGAGGAAACCUGCAGCUGCUUUAAGAGCUCUGAGUCCAGCAGCCCGGAGGACUGAGGCCCACUAGAACACAGCUGUCAGAUGGACUGAACCACCACCAACACAACUCUGAUACUCGUAUGUCUUUAAUGGUAAUAAAAUGUCUGUGUUUUAAACUUCAAAUAAAUUAUUUUAAUUGAACUGAGAAU